AUGCCUGAGGACAGGGUUUAUCCUACAUACAUUUCGGUGGAUAUCGACGUUCCUGUAUCUCCGGAGACUGGGAGACUUGGGGAGAAUUAUACCAGGUUCAAUACUGACACCGUACAAUACGAGGAGUCUGAUGAGUCUCGUGUACCCAGAGUGAUGAGCCCAGACUCAUCGGAACUUAGUGAAGAUGGGAUCCCUGGGGUGGCUGUUAUCGCUGAGUUCAAGCCGGUGGGAGCAAGCUGUGUGGACAUUCAGUCUGCCAGCCCUACCUCUACCCACCCCGAUGUAUACUUCAAAGACCGGCCUGGUUCAUCAUUAUCGGGAGAUAACACAUUUUCAACGCCGCAGCGCGAAUUUUCGUUCAAAAGAGUCUUUCCCAAGAAUUGGAACACCAAUUUUAUUGCUUCUGCAACCACCGGAUCUGCGCACACGGCUCCGGACGCUUCCCAACUUGUGUCUAUCAUGUGCACCCCAAGCUCACCACCUUCUUCCAUUUCUUCCAAGCAGAACGUACGGCCGACUACGUCGUACACGGCUCCCACAGUGGUAGGACAUUUGGAAGUACCCCCCAGAGCAGACACAGCCCGGGAUCGCCAGAGAAGCAAGCCCUUGGCUUGUGGGUCGGGUCAUAAUGAAAGCACUUUACGUUCGAAACCCCGGUCCGCUGCUCCCACUGUAGAAGAGCGCCAGGAUACACGCAGUUCCUCACAUUCAUCUCACUCUAAGGGCAAACAUUCCCAGGCAACCAAGGUCUUUGACAUGCCUAAAGGUAUCCCACGUACAGAGACCCAUUCCACAAUUUCCACGGUGGACAAGCGUUUGGGCACACCUGGUCUCUGGCGUUCAUCUCACGUGAAGGGUAAACGUCUUGGUAGGACCACUACUAUGACUGACGUAUCGACUCAAACUGAGAGGAACCCCGGUUCGAGCAUACCUAUAGCUGUUCCUACAAUGGCAAAUCUUAUGAAAAGGCUUCCUCCCUCACAUUUCUCCCACUGGAAUGACAAACAUGACCAGGAUACCACGGCCUUGGCUAGUGUAUCGGCUCAUACCGAGAAAACCUCACGUUCAGGGACCCGUUUUCCUAUGUCAAAGCAUCCGGAAGUCCCUCAUCCCUCCCAUGUAUCUCACUUGAACCGCAAACGUGACCAUGCUACCUCGACAAAUUCUAUCAAUGAUCAGAACCUCGAGAACUUGGUGCCUCUACCUUUGAACAUUCACAAGACGGGACACGAUCCACUGUCCUACCGGGCACGCAUGGAAAGUCGAGGAAGCUCGUCAUCCAGCAAUACUGAGGACGAGGAGCCGGUUCGGACUGAGUGGUCUAUUGAGUGUCCUCCAGCUCCUUACUCUCCGGGUGAUCAUUUUAGCGAACAUGAAGACGCACCAUGGCUCUUGCCUGUUGACUCCGAUCAUAGCGAAGGGUAUAUUGAAUCUUCACCAUAUCCAGAGCCUCAACCGUGCCUUAUCUCACUCUGGGGAUAUUCUGAGGCCCACAAGGCUGCACACCGGCCACCAACCAGCGAUGACCCCCUGGACAUGUAUCACCCUGGAUAUUCUUCAUAUUCACACUAUUCGCAGAUCCAGUACGGCAGCAGCUCAACAGUCUGGCAGAGUAACCCCGCCAACAUAGUCCCGAAUAGCUCAGUUUACCCGCUGCAUACCGAGAACCCAAGCCGGAACUGGCUAGAGGCACAGCAACGCAGACUGGAUGCUCGUCCCAUUAAUGACUUUGAACGAGCGCCAAUAUACGAUGCUGCUAUCGAGGCUGGUUCGGCUGCAAAGCUCACAGACUGA